AUGUCUAUCAGAUUUAUCAAUAUUAUAAGUUAUAAUGUCAUAUCCUGGAACUGUACAAAAUUUAAUAAAUCAUGUUUUAAAGCACGCGCCGUGUCCAUUCCAUUUUUCCCUACUGAGUUCAAGUGGUUAAUGAUGUCCCCUGGCUUGUACCUUCUUACUGUGGUUAUUAUAGGUCCUGUCCUAGCCUCAGCUAGUUACAAUAAUGUCAGCAAGGAUCAAGUUAUCAUCGCUGGUCUCUUUGCGUAUAAUCUUAGCGAGGUUGCCCCGGACAGGCUGCACAUGGAUAGGACCGCCAACGGUUCUGUUGUAGAACUGGCUGUUAACAUGGCCCUCUCUGAGUAUAAUGAGAGUCCUUUUUCUCAACUCAGGCUCACUCUGUGGCCUUACAGCACAGAAUGUGACCCUGCUAGAGCAGUCUGGAGCCUCACUGACGCCCUACGGAGGACUGAUCGCUCCGAACCUCUUGUAAUCCUGGGCCCUCCUUGCGAGGACUCGACGAACGAGCUAGUCAGACUUACCUCUAGUUCAACUAACAUCUUAACUGUCUCCUAUGCUUCCACUACACCACAACUCAACAACGCUACUAUUUUCAGGAAUUUUUUUCGGACUGUUCCCUCUUUUACUAACCUCAAUGAUGCACUUAUUAACCUUCUUGGUUAUUUCAGCUGGGAGAAUGUCUGCCUCAUUCUCGAGUCCCAUCCUUACUACAAUACAGCAGCAGAGGCUCUGAGUGCAAUGAACCUCACAAUUGUCGAGUCCAUACCUCCUGCUCUCCUCCAGUACAUCACAACGAAUAGCUACUGUCACAUAUUUUUAGUUUAUUCUCAGCCCGAGUAUCUACCGAAUAUCCUCUGCCAGGCAUACAACAACAGACUCAUUGGUCAGUACUAUCAAUGGAUAUUCGUGGGAAACACUGAGAUCAGUGAUUUGACAGCAGAGGUGGAUAGCAUCAACUGCUCUUCGCAAGAGCUUCUCACUGCUGCUCAAUCUUCUUUUGUUAUUGGUUUUGAUGAUGACGCUAAUAAUGAUGACCCCUUGGUCGGUAUUAGUAGAAGCAAAUUUAACAAUUCUCUGUUGAACGUGUCUGGGGUAAGUGCUACCAGUAAUGAUCUUUCUGUAGCUGCUUCUGCUUACGAUGCAAUGUGGGCCAUUGCAAUAUCACUUAAUAAUUCUGUAAACAGGCUCAAGGAAAGAAACCAAACCAUUAACGAUUAUCUACCACUGGCAAACAAAGACGUUUCUGCUACUCUCUUUAAUGAAUUUCAAUCAGUUAACUUCCGUGGAGUGUCUACCAUGGUAAACUUUACUACCAUGACACACAAUACGCUAAAGCCAAUCAAAAUAUCCCAAGUGCAUCAGAAUUCAUUAGUAGCUAUUGGACUAUACAAAACUGAUACCAAACUGAACAUGGAUUAUUUCGGUCAUCAGGUACAAUGGAUUGGAGAUGGGCCACCUCGAGACAGUCCAGUGUUUAUUAAUGAGAGUGUCCCACUGUGGGCUCAGAUAAUCAUGUUUACCGUAAGUGGAAUAGGAGCUCUUGUUCUCUCUUUCUUUCUUGUCAUCAAUUUGUGUUUCAGAGAAAAGAAAGUUAUAAAAGCAUCAAGUCCACACAUUAACACUUUGAUUCUUGUCGGUUGUCUCCUGGGGAUUCUCUCAGUUUCCGUCUACACGCUCUCGUCUAUUGAGAGCAUAGUGACCGACAUUCGCUCCAUUUUCUGCAAUUCAACACUCUGGCUAGUAAAUAUAAUGUUUACUCUAUCAUUUGGUGCUCUCCUUGCCAAAACAUGGCGUGUCGGUGCAGUUUUUCGUAACCCAUGGUCAAAGAGACGCAUAUACAAAGACUAUGUAUUAUUUUUGAUAGUCCUCGUGCUGCUCGCUGUUGACGUCCUCAUACUGACAGUAUGGAUGCUAACUUCUCCUCUGUACAUCUCGGUGAGGAUGAUACAGAGUCCUAGUGCUAUUACGGAGCUCUCGUUUUGCAGUCUCUCGGGAGAGGGGGUUUUCUUUGGCAUAUUGCUAAUGGUGUACAAGUCCUUCCUGUUAUUACUUGGCUGUUUUCUUGCCACCCAAACUAGAGGAAUCAAAGCAACACUUUUCAAUGACUCAAGGUUCAUAGCCAUAGCUAUAUACAUAGUGUUUCUUAUAGUAAUCAUUGGCCUACCGAUGGCCAUAUUCUUCCUGCUAGGCCGGUACAUUUUGCUUAGUUUCUUUGCUAUAACUCUGACCAUCACUGGGCUAUCCUUCACC